AUGAUGUUCCCUAGUGCACUUGCGCCUCCCGCUAUAUGCUCCAGUCUACUUCGACCUCCGGCGGCUCUCUCUCUGCCUCAGUCCUUGCAUUCAGCUUUCUCCGCCCACUCGAGCUUUUUGGUGGAGGACCUGUUGCGGAUCAGCCGGCCAGUGAGCUACUUGCACCGGAUGAUUCCCUCACCCAGCGUGUCUUCCCUGGCACCAGGAGCCACCACGCUGACCUGCAGUCAUCACACUCACCAGGCUGUCAUCUCCACUUUAGCACAGACAAGAACGGGUUCUCCUCAAACCGCACUCUCCAUCAACCACGACCCUAACUAUCUGAAGUUUGGAGUUAAUGCCAUCCUAGCACCAUCAACGAGAAACGGUAAGAUUAUUGUGAAAGUAUAGGCUAAUGUAAACUUUGUUAGAGUGAAUUUUGCCUAAACAGGCCACCUGUUAUGCAGGGCUUUGAAUGUAUGCAAUGCAUGGAGAUUAUAUAUAUUUUGUCUAUAUGAUUUAACAAAACGAAAUGACAGUCAAUUAAUGUAAAUGUUUCUUUCAUUUUUAAUCACAGCAUCCUCUCCACGUUCAAUGCAUCAUGCCAUGCACGCAAAAGCCUUCCCUCUGCCAUAUUUUGACGGAUCGUUUCAUCCCUUCCUUAGAGCAUCAUAUUUUCCAGGUAAAUCCACUUAACCCUGUCAUGCCCAUGUAUUCAGCUGAUGUUGUUGCACCUAAUAACAAUCUGCCUUUAUUAGUUGAACCUAAGGGGAAUACAAUCAUUAGUUCAGAGGUUGGAAGUCGUAGAACGUCUUGGAAUCAGUCUCGCCAAUUUGAUGCCCUAUUUAGCAGUGCUGACAUUUUGCAUCAGUUCCCCUAAUCUACAAAUUAGCCGGAAUUGUCAUGGUCUAAAUUUGAGGCGGAUCCCCUCUCACAAGGAAGCUGCUGACGUCUCUUCAUUGCUUUUUUUCCCACCGAGCCAGUGAAUUUAGCUACUGAUAACUCACAAAGCUUUCAGCACCAUGACCAAUUGGUCAGCUCCCUCCGGGCAGCCACACAGAGACCCAGCGUUGACUUAAACAUGCUGUUGAUAGGCAUUUACCAGUCAUGGACUAAUUCCCCAUUAGGGGCUAUUCAAUAUUUCAAUAUUCUCACAAGACCACAUAGAGUGUUGUGCAUGUUUAUGGAUAGUGCUGUUAUGAGAAAUCUAAAGUUAGCAAACAAUAAAUAGCACAGGAUCCUGAACUAAUGCAAUUACAAUGUAAUGAUAGGCUAGCUAAUGCUUCAAUGCUAGCUGUUAAAUAUUUCAACAUUAAGAAUACGUUUAUUAUUUCCCACACAGUUAUAGUGAAUUCACAUAUCCUUUGGCUUUCGAAUAGCCAACAAUAAAGAUAGUGAUAAGAAUAAUCUAAAAUUGCUAUGCUAUAUGGUACAGAUCUGGGUUUAGACGGCUUCCUUUGAGAGCAAUAAAACAACUUCAGCCUUAUGAAUAGCUUUUUGUGUUAAUUUAAUGAAAAUUAUGGGUCAGAAAUAGGGCCCAGCCAUCAGUAGGCUAUUCUCCUGGGCCCAAUUUCCCAAAAGCAUGUUAAGGCUUAAGUUCAUCGUUAGAACUUUCGUAGGAGCAUCGCAAAGGGCUCUAUUCAAUCCGUUUCACGGAAGUUCAGCGUUACAGCUUGAUUGAAAUUUAAAGGCAAUGUUCCCGUGAUAGUCAAGACUGCAUUCAGGUAAAUGCUGCAUAUGUCGGCUCAAUAGGAAAUUACUUUUAAAUGUAGCCUAUAUCGCGCAAUCUGUAACGCUUCAGCUAUACAGAUUGAAUAGAGACCUACAUCUCUGAGCUGUUUCCCAAAACCAUCAUUAUAGUUUUGGGAAACUAAAGUUGCAAUUGAAAACGCUCGUUAUUUACCGACUGCCUCAGACCACGUAGAACAGCUAAGAGCGUCACUUUAUACACAGAGGAUCUCCACUAAACAUAUAAUCAAGAUGUGUAGGCCCUAUCUGUCUCUCUGUGACCGCAGAUAACUUCAGAACGAAGUUGCCUACAAAUACAAAGUUGCCAAUGUCUUUGCAGUUGUUACAAACACGCGUAGGAUAAAAAUAGGCUUAAAAUGAAAACCGAGAUGACCGCAUUCAAAUAUAAAUACAGUAGGAUACAUAGGCCUAUAUUUUUCAAUCAUGGGCUAUUGAAAUCAAUGUCAUGUUCAAUCAAUGUAGUUAUUUUUUGCUAAUUGUAGGCUACUGUAUCCUAGGCCAUGUAAUUUCUGCCUCAAUAUAUUUCAUGAUGUGUAACAACAUGUGCGCAAUGAUGUGUGAAAGAAUGAAAAAUGUAUGCACUCACUAACUGUAAGUCGCUCUGGAUAAGAGCGUCUGCUAAAUGACUAAAAUGUAAAAUGUAAUGUGCCAAAUCUGUGAUUUGCGGGUAAGCCAUUAGGAAUCGCUAUUAGGAAACCGGGCCCAGAUGAUCUAGGCAUGCGGUUGUGUUUAGUUUGAAAGUGUAAAUCUCUUUAAUGGCAGUAAUAUAUGGCUUUAGUGGCCUGUCCUAAGCCUCUUUCAGUUAGUUCAUUACUACACAAUUACCAUUCACGCUUCAUCAGCCCCUCUAUCUUUCAUUGGGGCUUUCGAAAGGGAUACUCUGCCUUUUUACCAUACCAAUGCUAUAAGGGACCAAGCAAUGUGCUAAUUAGCUGCUUCGUGCCAAUUCAUUCAAACGGACUGCAUUUAAGAACUUAAGAACAAAAAACCCGUCAAUAUUUAUAGACUUCGAGAGACUUUGCUUUAGACUACGAAAUAAUUCGCUUUUAUGCACGUUUAUCCCUCCACCCACUCCCUGAAAAAAAGAAGGCUAGGCUAUGUUGUUAAGCUAGGCUACUUUGUUAGCCUAUGUGUGCAUUUUCUGGAAUGAAAUGAUGCAAUGCUAAUUGUAUGUUUUUUUUCUUUACUUUUAGCAUCCUCUUCAGUGGUUCCUAUCCCCGGUACCUUUUCAUGGCCGCUGGCUGCAAGAGGAAAGCCCAGGAGGGGGAUGCUACGACGGGCAGUGUUCUCUGAUGUCCAGCGCAAAGCCCUGGAGAAAAUGUUCCAGAAACAGAAAUACAUCAGCAAACCAGACAGAAAGAAGCUGGCUGCAAAACUUGGGCUUAAAGACUCACAGGUAAAAAAUAAUAAAACCAAAAUACAUAAACAACCAGUAGACUAAGUGAAUAAGACCAAUAGGCACACAUCAAUGUAAAACAUAAUCUUUAUGUAUAUUUUGAUUACUGGCAUGUUAUAAUAUUGUUAUUAGAAUCAACCAUGAUUAGAUAUCCUUAUAAUAUUUAAUGUAUUUUUCAAGGUGAAAAUAUGGUUCCAAAACCGAAGAAUGAAAUGGCGCAAUUGCAAAGAGAGGGAGUUGUUGUCGUCCGGAGGUUGCCGGGAGCAAACCCUUCCAACUAAAAUGAACCCCCACCCGGACCUCAGUGACGUCGGGAAAAAGUCUUGCGAGGAGGAGGUAGACGCGUUCAGCCCGCGCGCGACCUUCUGCCGCUCUCAAUCAGAGCGCGAACUUUUGAACAGUGUGGAGUCGCACCUCUCUUCGCCUUGCAACUCCAGCAAGCACUCCGACUUCUCAGAAUCAGAGGAGGAAGAGAUUACAGUGUCUUAA